AUGCCACCACCGCCUCCUCCAUCCACGAUCCCCGUCCUCCUCCUCAAAACCCGGUCACAACCGCACGACGCUUAUGAAGAGUAUUUCUCCACAACACCCCUCAAUGCCGCUGCGACGCUGACAACCGCGGAGGAAGGCGUUGGGGUUGGGGAGGAAGAGUGGGAUCGAAACGGCACGGCUGGACGUCCAGUCUCUUUCUCAUUCGAGCCGCAGUUCGUGCCAGUCCUAGAACACCGACCGAACAGAGAGAGUUUGGAUGUCUUGAAGCAGGCUCUGGAAGAGGGCUCGCUGGGCCAGAAGUACGGUGGGAUGAUCUUUACGAGUCAGAGGGCCGUCGAGGCGUGGGCGGAGGUGGUCAAGAGUACGGAGCGGCAGGAACGGUCGUCGCAACAGAAUAUAUUGGGUGAGGAUAGUUCUGGAGAGAAACAGAGACAAACACAAACACAAGAGGAUAGGUUGCAAGACACAAACAGAAGCAGAAUUACAGAGACGAGGACAGGUGUUGAACUUGGAACUGGGAUCGGUAUGACCUUGAAUGGAAUUGAAGUCGACAACACAACGGCAUCACACACACAUGGCUACGAAAGGGCGGCCCAACGCGCACGGAAAGCAGAGUAUAUCGACGACGACGACGACAACGAUGAUCACAACAACUCCUCCUUCCCACUAUAUUCAGUCGGCCCAGCGACAUCACGGGCAUUGAACACGUUGAUCAACGAAUCUACCCGCCUCACCACGGAGUCAUCACCAUUUGCGCGUCUCCGACCUUCAGUGGUGGGCGAACAUACCGGCAACGGCGCCAAUCUUGCAGACUACAUCCUGUCGCAUUACAACGAAUUAGACCAGCGGAGCAUCCCCACGACCCCGACCAUGACCACAGAUCCCGGACGAGAGUCACCAUCACCUUUGCCGAAAAAAGGACUCUUGUUCCUCGUAGGCGAGCAGCGAAGAGACAUCAUUCCCAAAACAUUGAUGGAUGUCGACGGCAAACUCGACCCCCAGCAACGGAUUGCCGUGGACGAGGUCGAAGUGUACCGUACGGGCGUGAUGACUUCGUUUCAGGACGAUUUCAGUACGCGCAUCACUUCGUCGCGGCGCGAAGGACGCCAUCUCGUCGUCGUCGUCGUGUUUAGUCCGCAGGGCUGCGAGGCCAUGCUUCACGCCCUGGGGUUCAUUGAUGGUGCAAACCGGUUGACAGAGUCGGCUGUGAGUCGGUGGGACAAGAACGUGUCGGCAGUCACUUCGACUUCGACUUCAAUUUCGACUUCGGCUGCUACUGAUUAUGUUCUUGACCAGCACCACAGUCAGACAUUUGUGGUUGUCACAAUUGGACCGACGACCAGAGAUCACUUGAGGGACAAAUUCGGCUUUGAGGCCGACGUGUGUGCCGCGAAACCAAGUCCACAGGGCGUGGGCGAGGGAGUCGAGGCAUUCUUACGCGGUAAAGGGUUGAUUUGA